GUGGUGCAGGAGGGGAGCCGGGCAGCGCUGCCCCACUGCUGCCCCACUGCUGCUUGCUGGGGUAGCCGUGGAGGAAAGAGGCUUGAGGAAGUCCCUUCCUAAGUCCAGCGGAAGCUCAAGAGGUUUUCUGCCAGUGGAGUUCCUGCUCUGGAUGAGGUUGCUGCCAAGCACUGACUUUGUGCAGCCUGUGCUCCUGUUGACUUGCUGCUCUGUGUCACAACGGGGUUUGUCCGGCAACCGUCUGGUGAACAAGGCUUCCGUGGUGCUUCGCUGUGUGGAUAUUCCAAACCAGGAGAGGGGCGCAAGUUAACAUUUUUGGGGCGAGUUGAGCUUUUUAAGUUUUGGAGCUGACUGAUCCAACAGAGUUGUGCUUAGGAAACCACAAAUCUGGUAUUUGAGGGCUUGUUGCACCCAGAAAUCAAGCAGGCUGCAUCAGUGUGACUCUAGGGAUUGUUCUGCACGACGAAAGCUAAAGUGCGGCAUACGUCAUUAACUCCUGGGCUGUGGGUUAGGCUAGAUGAGCCACAGCUACAAGCCUUCCCACCUCAGCAUCUUCUCUAGUGUGCUUAGGAGAUGAAGCUGUGCCUUGCGGAUGAACUUGGUUUAAACCCAGACUAGACCAUGAGUUAUUAGUGAAAGCCUGAUUGCUGGUAGUUUGACGCUGCAGUUGUAAUGUUAAUAGGCAGGGAGAGAAGGAUGCGGGAAGCAGGUGUGUGACUUCUGUGAACAGCGACAGCACAGGCGUGAGUGACCCUAGGAAUCCAGGGCACAGCAAAGCCUUUGCUUCUGAUCCAGCCUAUUGGUCUCAGAGGAGCUUCCUAAAGGACGAGAACGGCAUGCUCAUCUCCGCAGGAUCCAGCAGUUCCGUGGGCCAGUACAAGGAUGCAUUUAUGAAGGCAAAUCCAGGGUACAAGUGGUGGCCCACAACAAACCAACCUGUGAAAGCCCGGACAUCCACUGUUACAAACAGGAAAAAGCUAUGGGCCUUUGCUUCAGACUCUGCAAAAGGUUUACCAAGCCUGGGGAAAGCGACAAAAAGUGAAGGAAUGCCGCAGCGUAACUUUGGGACGGCAGGUUUCCUCGAGUACUUGCCAGUCAGAUGCAACUAA